CUGCCCGGCCCGGAGGAGGGGAGAGCAGCAGGUUCUGGCGUGGAACUACUAGAGGAAAAACAACUUUUUCGUAUUAUACAAGCAAAAUUUAUUCAUUAUAGAAAAUUAGAAAAGUGAGUUUUUCCGUCACUCAGAUGUAACUUAGGUCUGUGUUUUUCUGGUCUUUUUUUACAAGUAUAUUUCUCUUAUUAAAACAAUUCCAUCUCCACUCAAUGUAGUUAUUUUUUCCACCCCUUAAAAUGAAAGCCUGUUUUCGUUAUUUAGUUAUUUAUUUUUUGUGAGGAGGACUAGCCCUGAGCUAACAUCAGGUGCCAAUCCUCCCCUUUUUUCUUUGAGGAAGAGUGGCCCUGAGCUAAUAUUUGUGCCUAUCUUCCUCUACUUGAUAUGGAACGCUGCCCCAGCGUGGCUUACCAAGUGGUGCGUCAGUGCAGGCCUGGGAUCCGAACCUGUGAAUCCCGGGCCUCUGAAGCAGAGCGCAGGCACGUACUUAACCGCUUGCGCCACCAGGCUGGCCCCUGUUUCGUUAUUUUUGAUGGCUACAUAGUAGUUUGUUGCGUGGCAGUGCUGUGAUUUGUUCCCGUAAACGGAUAUUUAUUUUCCUGGUUUUUAACUCAAACAAUGUUGUGAUGAACAUCCUUGAGGCCAAAUCUUUGUGGGUACCUGGGAUGAAUUCUCACAAGCAGACUGCUGGGUCAAGUGGAUGUUUUUCAGGGUUUUGACAUGUGUGGCUGAUACCCAGCAACGGGUUCACUCUGCUCACUGCGAUCUGAGCCCAUUAAUCGCAACAAAUUAGGAAUCGACAAAGAAAGUUUUAAUUCGAUUAGCCAGCAUAACUGGGAAGAUGGCAGACUAAUGUCUUAAAAAAUCAUCUUCAAGGAUUACAGAAUCUUGAGGCAGUUAUAUAGGGAAAAUGGGCAGUAAGGAGGGGGUCCAGGGAUGUUGGGCUCCAGGCAUCUCAUUGUUCCAUUCUUCUGUCAGCUGUGGUGGAUACCUUGUAGGUGUAUUUUCCGCCUGUGGUCAGCCUGUUCCUGGAGAGAAACUCAUAGAACAAAGUUUUAAUUCAUCAAGCUGUAGGGGAGUACCUGGCAGAACUCGAGGCUCGGAAGCUGCUGGGCCCCCGAAAAAGAAGAGGAAUAACGCGCAGAAGAAACCCCACGCGCGGGAGGAGGAGGCUGCGGAGCCUCAGGCCCAGGCCCUGGGGGAGAAGUCACCGGCCGCUUCCGGGGCCAGGAGGCCAGUGACAGCCAAGGAGGAGGAACCCUCCAGCUCCACAGGGGCCCCUGCGGAUGGCUUGACCACAGAGCCUGACUCCGUCUUUGCCCUGGACGUUCUGCGGCAGCGGCUGCACGAGAAGAUCCGGGAGGCCCGGGGCCAGGGCAGCACCAAGGAGCUGUCUCCCGCCACUUUGGAGAGAAGACGCCGGAGGAAGCAGGAGCGGGACCGGAGGAAGAGGAAGCGAAAGGAGCUGAGGGCACAGGAGAAGGCGGCGAAGGCCAAGGAGGCUGCAGGGACUGCCAAGCCGCCCCCUGAGGCGCCCAGCGAGGAGGCACAGGGGCAGCCCGGGCUGCUCUUCAACAAGGUGGAGGUGAGCGAGGAGGAGCCGGCCAGCAAGGCCCAGCGCAGGAAGGAGAAGAGGCGGGAGCUGAAGGGGAACCUGACGCCGCUGACGGGCAAGAACUACCGGCAGCUGCUGGAGCGCCUGCGGGCGCGGCAGGACCGGCUGGAGGAGCUGCGGGGCCAGGACGAGGGCAAGGCCCGGGAGCUGGAGGCCAAGAUGCGGUGGACCAACUUGCUGUACAAGGCCGAGGGCGUGAAGAUCCGCGACGACGAGCACCGGCUGCAGGAGGCCCUGAGGCGCAAGGAGAAGCGGCGCGCCCAGCGGCAGCGCAGGUGGGAGAAGCGCACGGCCCACGUGGUGGAGAAGAUGCAGCGGCGGCAGGACCGACGGCGGCAGAACCUGCGCAAGAAGAAGGUGGCCAAGGCCGAGCGGCGCCUGGAGAAGGCCCGCAGGAAGGGCCGCAUCCUGCCCCAGGACCUGGAGCGCGCCGGCCUGGCGUGAGGGCCUGCGGCCUGGGACCCAGACCGCGCCCAUCCGGGCUCCAGGAGAACUUCCACGUCGGGUGAUGCUGGGCGGCCCCGUCUGUGCAGACUCAGCUGCUCCGUGCAAAGUGGACACUCACCGCACAGCCUUGUUGUGAGGGCCCCUGUCUCCUGUGCGAACGAGAGCGUUGUUGAGGUCAGGGGCCCAGAUCCUUCAGACCUGGGGAGGGGGCGAACCAGAUCUGGGCUCCAGCCUCUUCUUGUGCAGCCAGAAAGCUGUCCGAGAGUUUGCAGGGUGAGGGACAAAGGAGCGGUGUGGAGGAUGUGGGGGUUGGGGGCUCUUCACCGGCCCUUUCUUGGCAGUGUCUGGUCCCGUGCCCGCCCCCUGCCAGUUCACAGGGGCUGGAAGAGAACGGCCUUUGUGACUGCCCGUGUCAGUCUAAACCUCACUUGGAAGGGAUAAAGAUCCAACUCCUGUAGCCCAGGCCAAAGGUGGAAUUGACGGGCUCGGGUAACUGGGAGAAGGUGGGGCCAACCUCAUGGUGACUGGAAUUGAAGUAUUCCAAGUUUAUUUGUAAGAAGGGUAAAAAUUAGAAUUCAAGUUAAACAUGCACAUUAAAAAUUCUAAGAUCACCACUGGACAGAAACUGUAAACUAAACUAGGAGGAAGGAAGAAAUGGAAUGGGGUGGGAAGACACCAGUGUAGAAGAAAGCAGGAGAGAAAGAACAAAACCUAGACCUCAGCCAGGUGAGUGGAAGAGAAAGUAAGAUGGAGGAUUAAAUCCAAAUUGAUGAAACUCAGAUGAGUUUUAUGGGAUGUGAAUUAUAUUUCAAUAAAGCCAUUGAGAAAAUU